AUGGCGGAGGCGCACCAGGCCGUGGGCUCCGGGCCGGCGCUGCCCUCGGGGGCGGAGGCGGCCCCGGGCGCGCUGCUGCAGGAGAUCUACCUGUCCGGACUGCGCUCCUGGAAGAGGCACCUCGCCCGCUUCUGGAACGACUUUCUCGCGGGCGUGUUCCCCGCCAGCCCCCUCAGCUGGCUCUUCCUCUUCAGCGCCAUCCAGCUCGCCUGGUUCCUCCAGCUGGACCCUUCCUUGGGCCUGACGGAGAAGAUUAAAGAGUUGCUGCCAGACUGGGGCGGCCAGCACCACAGGCUCCGGGGGGUCCUGGCGGCCGCCCUGUUCGCCUCCUGCCUGUGGGGCGCCCUGAUCUUCACACUUCACCUGGCGCUGAGGCUGCUGCUGUCCUACCACGGCUGGCUCCUGGAGCCCCACGGGGCCAUGUCCUCGCCCACCAAGACCUGGCUGGCCCUGGUCCGCAUCUUCUCCGGCCGCCGCCCAAUGCUCUUCAGCUACCAGCGCUCCCUGCCGCGCCAGCCGGUGCCCUCCGCGCAGGACACCGUGCGGAAGUACCUGGAGUCCGUCAGGCCUGUCCUCUCGGACGAGGACUUCGCCUGGACGGCGGGGCUGGCGCAGGAGUUCCUGCGGCUGCAGGCGGCGCUGCUGCAGUGGUACCUGCGGCUCAAGUCCUGGUGGGCGUCCAACUACGUCAGUGACUGGUGGGAAGAGUUCGUAUACCUUCGCUCCCGCAACCCGCUGAUGGUGAACAGCAACUAUUACAUGAUGGACUUCCUGUACGUCACGCCCACCCCGGUGCAGGCCGCCCGGGCCGGGAACGCGGUGCACGCGCUGCUGCUGUACCGCCAGCGCCUGGAGCGCCAGGAGAUCCUGCCGACGCUGCUGAUGGGCAUGCGGCCCCUGUGCUCCGCCCAGUACGAGAAGAUCUUCAACACCACGCGGGUCCCCGGGGCCCGGAAAGACCGCCUCCGCCACCUCGGGGACAGCCGGCACGUGGCGGUCCUCCACCGGGGCCGCUUCUUCCGCGUGGCCACCCACGGCCCCGGCGGCCUGCUGCCCCCGCGCGCCCUGGAGCAGCAGUUCCAGCGCGUCCUGGACGACCCGGCGCCCGCGAGCGCCCACGAGGAGCACCUGGCGGCGCUGACGGCGGCGCCCCGGGACGUGUGGGCGCAGGCGCGGAGGGCCCUGCAGGGCCGCGCCGCGGAGGCGCUGGAGGCCGUGGAGGGCGCCGCGUUCUUCGUCUCGCUGGACCCGGAGCCCGCGGGGCUCGCCCGGGAGGACCCCGCCGCCUCCCUGGACGCCUACGCGCACGCGCUGCUGGCCGGCCGCGGCCACGACCGCUGGUAUGACAAGUCCUUCACCCUCAUCGUCUUCUCCAACGGGAAGCUGGGCCUCAGCGUGGAGCACUCGUGGGCGGACUGCCCCAUCUCAGGGCACAUGUGGGAGUUCACUCUGGCCACAGAAUGCUUUCAGCUGGGCUACUCGGUGGACGGCCACUGCAAGGGCCACCCUGAGCCCUCCCUGCCCCAGCCCCAGCGGCUGCACUGGGACCUCCCGGACAAGGUCCACCGGUCCAUCUCUCUCGCCCUGAGGGGAGCCCGGGCCUUGUCCGGGGACACUGACUGCCACGUCUUCCCCUUCUCCCACUUCGGCAAGGGCCUCAUCAAGCGCUGCCGCCUGUCCUCCGACAGCUUCGUCCAGGUGGCCCUGCAGCUGGCCCACUUCCGGGACAGGGGUCGCUUCUGCCUGACUUACGAGUCAGCCAUGACCCGCCUGUUCCUGGAGGGCCGGACGGAGACGGUGCGGUCCUGCACGCGGGAAGCCUGCGACUUUGUGAGAGCCAUGGAGGCCCAGGAGGCGACUGUGGGUGACUCGCAGCGCCUCUCCCUGUUCCGCCUGGCGGUGGACAAGCACCAGGCCCUGCUGAAGGCGGCCAUGAGCGGCCAGGGCGUCGACCGCCACCUGUUCGCGCUCUACAUCGUGUCCCAGCUCCUCCACCUGCCCGCGCCCUUCCUGGACCAGGUUCACUCGGAGCAGUGGCAGCUGGCCACCAGCCAGAUCCCCGUCCAGCAAGCCCACCUGUUCGACGUCCACAACUGCCCCGACUACGUGUCCUCCGGGGGAGGAUUUGGGCCUGUGAAUGACCACGGUUACGGCGUUUCUUACAUCUUCAUGGGGGAUGGCGCGAUCACCUUCCACAUUUCCAGCAAAAAAUCAAGCACAAAAACGGACUCCCGCCGGCUGGGGCGGCACAUCGAGGACGCGCUGCUGGACGUGGCCUCCCUGUUCCCGGAGGGGCAGCGCCUCAAGCGCGGGUGCAGGGGGCCGGGGGACGAGGCGGCGGGGCCCCAGGGCACCCCUGCCGCCCCCCAACCCUGA